UAGUGCUUGAAAACUAUAUUUUUUUAGUUACCGUGGUUUAAAUGGUACAAUAAAAUUGAACAAAUAAAUCGUCAUUUUCUUACUGACACUCUUAUGCAUCGACCAUGUUGUCGCUGGAAACUAUGGCUCAAUUAGAUACAUUAGCUGUCGAAAAUUUCCGCGAGUAUUUACGUAUUCCAUCAGUUCAUCCUAAUAUUAAUUAUGAUGAUUGUGUAAAAUUUCUAGAUAAACAAGCUAAGUCUCUUGAUUUACCAAUGAAAAUAUAUUACAUCGAUAGAAAAAAACCAAUUGUUAUCUUCACCUGGAAGGGAUCUGAUCCUUUUUUACCGACAAUAUUGCUUAACAGUCACAUGGAUGUUGUACCAGCAUUUUCGGAUCAAUGGACAUAUCCCCCCUUUAGUGCACACCUAGAUGAAAAAGGAAAUAUCUUUGCUCGAGGUAGUCAAGAUAUGAAAUGUGUUGGAAUUCAAUACUUAGAAGCUAUUCGUCGACUUCAAUUGAAAGAGCAGAGACCUAAAAGAACUGUUCAUGUUUCAUUCGUUCCAGAAGAAGAAAUAGGUGGUGUAUUGGGAAUGAAAGAUUUUACUCAAACUAAUGAUUUUAAGUCUUUACAUGUUGGCUUUGCUUUGGACGAAGGUGUUGCUAAUCCAACUAACAGUUUUUACGUAUUCAAUGGAGAAAGAUCAAUCUGGCAUGUACAUGUUCAUUGUCCUGGAAGUCCUGGACAUGGAUCUAUGCUGUUAGAUGAUAAUGCUGGUGAAAAAAUUAGGAUAAUUAUCGAUAAAUUCAUGGAUUUUAGAGCUGAACAAAAAUCUAAACUUUCGAACUCCAACUCAAGAUUGGGAGAUGUCACUUCAAUUAAUUUGACAAAAAUUUACGGUGGUGUUCAAACAAAUGUUAUUCCAAAUAAUAUAACAGCUGUUUUUGAUAUUCGCUUGGAUCCUGAAGUAAAUCAUGAUGAUUUCGAGUCCAUGUUACAGAAAUGGUGUCAAGAAGCUGGCAAAAAUGUUCACUUCACUUUUGAAGAAAAAAAUAGAUUUGUUCCAAGUACUAAAUUAGAUAAUAGUAAUCCGUACUGGAUAGCUUUUAAAAAAUGUUGUGAUGAACAAAAUAUCAAUUUAGAUAUAGGAAUAUUUCCAGGAGGUACUGACAGUCGAUACAUACGAGAUCUUGGAAUACCGGCACUUGGAUUUUCUCCAAUGAAUAACACAAAAAUAUUACUUCACGAUCAUGAUGAACACUUAAAUAAGGAUGUCUUUAUUCGUGGAAUUCAGAUAUAUGAAGAAAUCAUUAAAGCCAUUUCAAAUGUAUAGUUGAUAAAAUGGAGUUGUAAUUACAUUUUAAUUUUUGUGAAUAAUGUUUUUAUUAUUAAAAAAUUUAUUGUACUGAUUUAAAUAAGUCACAACAAACAUUUAUCUUAUAAAAAAGGUUUAAAUAAUAAAAACUGAAGAACAAUUGUAUUUAA